ACUCGAAGUUUGCAAGUGACAGUAUUUCUGCCAUAGCGUGUUGUCAAUGUACACGGAGUGUAUGUCAUUCAGCACUGAUAGUGCCCAUUCAGGCCUCAGGCCUCAGGGCCGUAACAAUUUGGUCGAGUUGGAGCAUGCGGCCACUCGCACAACGGGUUAGCAGCGGAAGAACUAAUGGACAUAUAUCAGACAUUGAACGUAUCCAGUUUCCUCAAAACAUUUAACGUUUGCGUACAGCGUUGCUGUUGUGGGGUCAACGAGGUAGGGCUCCACCAUCCCUUGUAUUCCUCGUUGAUUGAAAUGAUUGUCUCCCUCAACUGGUGGUUUCUGAGAGGUCCACUUCUCAGAAGCAUUUCAAUCUAUUUCCUUGGCAUAUUUGGGAACCCUCUAACCUCGUGUCGAUACAAAUCUACCAACAUAGCCUCGCCAUCCUCGAGGCAUGCAGCUGACGAUGAGGACCAUUGGGCCUUCGGGCUCAAAGAUACCAUCGCAAUGCGAUCAGAAAUCGGAUAUGAAUCAUCUAAACGGUUGACUUCUUCAUCACGGACCUUUUUCCUACGGCUUGCAUCGGAAAAGCCCACUGGUGUUCCCUAUAUAAUAGCAGCCGCAGCACAUCCGGGACAAACCAGAACAGUAAUUCCUGUCUUCAACCAACUCCUCCCAUCUGUUGAUCUACCUACGACCACGCGCCGCUGACAUGCCAAGUACAAACCCUGGACCGACCCCCGUCAAUCUCGCUGAUCGCUGCCUGAUAUGUGGUGGUUGGAUG